GUCUGUUGAAUCUUCAUUUUGUAAUUUGACCAAAAUGGGGAGAAGACCGGCAAGAUGCUAUCGUUACUGCAAGAACAAGCCCUACCCUAAGUCAAGAUUUUGUCGUGGUGUUCCAGAUCCUAAGAUUCGCAUUUUUGAUUUGGGAAAGAAAAAAACUGAUGUUGAUGAAUUUCCAAAAUGUGUCAAUCUUGUUUCUGAUGAAUAUGAGCAGCUUUCAUCAGAAGGUCUUGAGGCUGCAAGAAUCUGUGCUAACAAGUAUAUGAUUAAAGUUGCCGGUAAAGAUGCUUUUCACAUUCGAAUGCGUGUUCAUCCAUAUCACAUUGUUCGAAUCAAUAAGAUGUUGUCAUGUGCCGGGGCUGAUAGGCUCCAAACUGGAAUGAGAGGUGCUUUUGGUAAACCACAAGGAACUGUAGCUCGUGUACAUAUUGGACAACCUUUAAUCUCUAUUCGUUGUAAAGAUGCUCAUGAGGCAGUUGCCAUUGAAGCUUUAAGAAGAGCCAAGUUCAAGUUCCCUGGUCGUCAAAAGAUAUUUGUGUCUAAAAAAUGGGGUUUUACAAAAUGGGACAGAAGUGAAUAUGAGGAGAGACGCAGAAAUGGAUCUAUUAAACCUGAUGGAACGAAUGUUCAAUAUUUUCCAGACAAGGGACCUUUAAGUCGAUGGAAGCACAUGCAACAGCAAUCUUAAUGGCGAAAUAUAUCAUGUUAACAAA